CCAUCGAACGCAAAUAUGGCCGCGCUGCCUCGUUGUGAUGUUGUUGCUACGAUAAACACGGACCCUAGUAACCGAUUGUCUUAUAUCACAAGUAGCACAGUAAACAAUCAUUUCUUCUUCAUAUCGAUCAACAUGGCACUUCCUUUCCUUCCAGGACAAGUUUUUGACCGAAAGAUCGGCAAAACUAAAUUUCACAAGACUCAUCAGUUUGACUAUCGAAACGAUGUAUCUUCUUAUGUUGGCGAGGCAAAAUGUGGGAUAGGUGGAGAUCCAUUACCAGGGCAAAAGCUCAGCCCAAAACACAGUAUUUUUCCUAAGGGAGUUGGACCAGAAGCACCGUCUUGGGUUGCUUUUGACAGACAGGUUUUAUGUUUUGAUGCAUACUUUCAAGAAGCUGUUCAUGAGAAGCGGGAAGAGCAAUACAGAAUAAGAAGGUGUAAAAUAUAUUUCUACCUUGAAGAUGACAGUAUUCAGGUUAUUGAACCAAAAGUUGAAAACAGUGGUAUACCACAAGGAACACUUCUCCGACGUCAUCGAAUACCUUUACCUGCACCAUACGAUGAGCAAUUUUACACUGUAGAGCAUUUCAAUGUUGGAAAAGAAAUAUCAUUUUAUUCCAAAGUUUUCAAGAUCACAGGCUGUGAUGAGUUUACUCAUAACUUUUUGAGAAAGUUAGGAGUAAGAGUCAAUAAUUCAUCUCAGAUCCCCUCUGACCCUUAUACAAGUCAUCGUGAAAAGUUGGUUGAAAGUAUGCAACCACUGAGGCCUUAUGAAAAACAAGAUACUCUCAAACAGUUUCUCCAGUAUGACCGUAGAGUUCUACGAUUCUAUUGCUUGUGGGAUGAUACAGAUAACAUGUUUGGCGAUGCUCGUGAAAUGGUKCUUCACUACUUCCUGGCUGAUGACACCAUUGAGAUUCGUGAAGUGAUUCCUGCAAACUCAGGUCGUGAUGCUGCACCAAUGUUUCUCCGCCGUCAGAGAUUACCCAAAGAGCCAGUUUCAUUGCGUCAACCUGGGGAGAUUACAGGUCGUACAGUGCUGAAUGUGUUUGGGCCAAUGGGUCAUGGUGGGCGAUGGAUUCUUGAUAGCUUAAAGACUGGUGCUGUUCACACUGAUUAUUACCUGGACAGUGACUUGACUAUUGGCACCUUCAUCAAUGUAUGGGGAAGGAAAUUCCAGAUUUGUGACUGUGAUGACUUUACUAAAGAUUUCUAUGCCAGCAAGUAUGGACUAGACUCCUUUGACUCUAUCAAGUACAAAGCACCACCAGGCGUCUUUCCUCAACGUGAAAUCCCACCUUACAAUGGUUUUGGAUCUGAAGAAGAUUCUCUCUGCUCAUGUCUUAGUCUCAUUCCAAAACCACCAAAAAGAGACUUCAUCAAGUUCAUGGAAAAAGACAGAGAUGGUCUAGAGAGUAAUGUCCUCAGGUUCAUGGGACGUCUCAACACAACUCGUCCCAUUGACAUGGAUAGAAGAUUUAUUAUCUCCUAUUUCCUAUCUGAUGAUACAAUCCUUGURUUUGAACCACAACAAAGAAACUCUGGAAUCCUUGGUGGAAAAUUUCUUGAGAGACGRCGUAUCAAAAAAGGAAACCAAGACUAUUACUAUAGUGCUCAGGAUCUAUACAUUGGUGCUCUUGUUCAAUUCUACAAGCAUGAAUUUGUCUUGAUUGAUGCUGAYGAAUAUGCUGUGGAAUACAUGGAGAAACAUAGCAAUGAGUUCAUUCAAGCGAACAUCAAGUACAUCCUUCCUAAGCUUAAAGGAAUUGCUGACAAUCACUAUGAAGACCUGAAAGCAGUAUUCAAUGAGUCUGACGACAAGGGAACUGGCCAACUUUCCUUUGAAGUAUUCUGGUCAGUGCUGAAGAGAUUUGGCAGCAAUUUGUCUGAACAUGAGAUGCUGACRAUCUGCAGAUAUUAUACUGAAGCUAAGGCCUUAGAUGAUAACAUGACAAUGGUUAUUGCAUCCGUCCAAGAACAACUUAGAAAAGCAAACUUUGAGGACUUCACAGCSAUGAAAGAAGCUUGUCAAUAUGAAGACAUUCAAAGCUCUGGUUACCUACCAGCCAAAGACAUCCAUAAUCUAUGCAUGCGAUUCAAGGUGCCAGCCAAGCAGGAGCUCCUAGAUAAUGUACUAUCAGGGACCAGUACAAACCAAGAGGGACUGACUGAUUAUAAUCAAUUCCUGCAACUUAUCAACUGGAGGGAUUCACCAGUGAGUCUCCAGAAAUUCGUUCCCGUUCAAUCUCCAGAAGCCAAACCAUCGGAGCGUGUUGGUCCCAAAGAAAGAGUUCGACGUAUCAACUACAAGAGCUUACUCCAAGAUUUGCUUCAAUCAGAAUAGAGAAUAUAUAAAUAUUAUCAUUGAUAUUAUAUUAUGGUUUCACUUUGCUCUGUGUAUCGUUAGUAUCUCUUGCAAGAACCUAAACUAUUUUUUAUUUCUGGAUUAGAUUUGUAAAUAAGAAAGCACCUCUAAAUAUGCUGUGAUAUUUGUAAUGUAGCWAUACAAGAAUUCAAUAAAGAUAUCAUGGAAAUGAUUCCUGAAUUUUUUUAACUUGAAAA